AGCAGUAAUCGUGCAAUCGAUAGCAGCGGUGCAAAUUUUGCCGCUUUUUUGUUAAAUUAUUCCGUUGAAUGUAAACAAACUGGAGGAAUGGCGGCUCUAAGCAAUCUGAAACAGUGUCCACCGUUUUCCACGCUGCCGGAUCUGGCACUGCGGCACAAUCACAUCCCAGAGCUGGAGCGCUAUCCGCAGAUACACCUGAACAGCGAACUCCUGGCCAAUUCUGCCGGCCAGCGGUACUACGGCGGCCAGAGCUUUGUGUCCGUGAACGAAGGCGUCCUCAAAAGGAUAACGCGUACCUUCUUCGAUGGCGGCUUCUGGGAAUCACUGGAGGAAGCGAGGAGCGCCAAGAGCCGGGAGCAGGCACCGUUGAUUGCACAGGCGGGUGACCUGAUUGCCCGGCUUUUGGGUCUGGCCACUGGAUUGAAGCUAAAGGUCUUUCCGCACACUCAAGAACUCAGUGCGGAACGGAUAGCGCAGUUCGUGGAGACCAGGGAUUGGUUAAACAGCGACGUGCGCUUCCUUGCUUGGAACUGUCACUUCUUUAGUUUGGCUGUAGCCGGCAUUGACGAUGUGGUGCGCAUCUAUACUAAGAACUCCAGCGGAUCCAAUGCCACUGUCUUAAAGAGCCCCACUCAAACGCAUAUCACCUGCAUGGCCUGGCGACCGCUCUGCGCAGCGGAGAUCGUAAUUGGCUGCCGGCAGGGUCUCUGUUUCUGGGAAGUGGACAACAGUCUGCAUCUGGGACGCACAAAUGCACCCAGCAAGGUUUUCAAACAUCCCUCCAAUCUGCCGAUAACAUCGCUGCAUUGGAACAAGGACGGCACCCAGUUGGCCACCGCAUCCAUUGGCGAUCGUUCUAUUAUAAUCUGGCAGCCGGACAAUAACACUAUGCAAGCACUUAAACGAAUGGGACCGCCGGGCUCGCUGCUCAAGUGGUCGCCGGAUAACGACUGGCUUUUUGCGGCCACGGUGGAUCGGGUUUUUCGCGUGUGGAACUGCCAACAGCAGUGGACCACCGAGCGGUGGGUUUGCGGUCCUGGAGGACAUGUGCAGACCGCUUGCUGGUCACCCUGCGGUCGCUACCUCCUUUUCGUAAGCAGCACGGAGCCGAUCCUCUAUCGCCUGCAGUUUGUGCAACAAAGUCUACUUUCGUCUUCUGCGGAUGACAAGGAAAUCCUUCCCAUUGCUGAUCUGAAUGCGUGCAGCAUCGAUACGAAUUCCACUCUCAUCGGUGGUCCCGCCCAGCAAUUGGCUUGGGAUCCGCAUGGCAAUUACCUUGUGAUCACGUUCAAGUCGACCAAUUGCAUCGCUGUGUUCCGCACCUUCAUCCAGAAGUUCGAUCUACAGAUCUCGGCUGCGUAUUAUUUAAGCGGAGAAACUGCGUCGGAGCAUCCCAGCUUCAUCUGCUUUCAGCCACUUUACAAGGAUAACGAUCGUUCCGUAUUGACGAUCGCCUGGUCGUCGGGUCGCAUACAAUAUUACGCCUUUGAUUAGGCGUUAACUAAGCGUGUUUUCAUUUUAAUAUUUUUAUUUGAUUUGGUUUUUAUAAGCGUUAAUACACAGUUAAAUAGGAAAA